AUGCAACACCGCCGGGAUGAAAUUAUCGCGAAAAGGGCGAAGCUUGCGGAGCUGAAGCGCCAAAGGGAGCUCAGGCAAAGCCAGGCGAGUCGCUCCAGCAUCAGCUCAAGCGAGGUUGCGUCGCCAGCGCCGGGCCGGAUAGAAAGUCGACGGGACAUAGAAUCUCUCAUCGACAGCCUGGUCCGCGACAGACCCCUUUCCGUCUCGACUGGCGUCCAAUCCCCUGGGCGCUUCGGCAGUAGACCAAACAGCGUCCUCAGCGCCGGAGAGGCCAGCGAGAACAUUUCCGAAUUUGCUUCCCCGGCGAACGGCCAGGCAGUCACUUCACAGCCGCAAGUACUCUCUACGGUGCCGGCCAAGACCGCCUACGAAUGCCCACCAUCGCCAAUCAAGGAGGUCUACUCCUACAGUAAGGGGGUUCAAACAUCCGACGACUGGACAACCCCAAGAAAGUCGCGCGCGUAUUCGGAGUCGGAUACCGAAGAGCAGACUGUUACAGCGUCGCCAAGCAAACGCCUCAGCCGGAGGGAAAGGGAUCGGGAGGAGGAGCUGCGGGAGAAUCUGAGGAAGGAAAUCGAGGAAGAACUUCGGGCGGCAAAGGAGCUUGUGACGGAUGGCGUCCUCAAGCCAUCGGCUGCGGCCAACUUCCCGGCCCGGGCCCUCACCAAUGACGAGUUGAAUGCGGUCACACAAUCGGAUGACUUUAUGGAUUUUAUCGACAGGUCCACCAAGGUGAUCGAAAAGGCACUGGACCAAGAAUACGACAUUCUCACGGACUACACCCUUCAGGUACACGACGUGGACGACAACGACGAACAGGGUGGCAAUGUUGGAGGAAAGGGCCGACGGAAGAUUAAGGAGAUUGCCCAAUUCUACGACGAGCGGUGGUCCAAGAAGCGAAUGGUUAGCUCCAUCGAUUUCUCGCCCAAGUUCCCCGAACUCCUGCUCGCAUCGUACACAAAGAACCCGACCGCGCCUCACGACCCAGACGGCAUCGUUCAGGUCUGGAACCUUCACCUCCACGACCGACCUGAAUUCGUAUUCCAUGCCCAAUCCGACAUCCUCACUGCCAAAUUCUCACCAUUCCACCCGAACCUCAUCAUCGGCGGUGCAUACAGCGGGCAGGUCCUUCUCUGGGACACCCGCGCCCGUUCUGCUCCCGUCCAAAAGACCCCUCUUACCGGCUCCGGCCACACGCAUCCGGUCUACUGUGUUGACAUCGUCGGCACACAAAACGCCAACAACAUCAUCUCGUCCUCCACUGAUGGCGCCGUGUGUGGCUGGAGCGUUGACAUGUUGGCCCAGCCUCAGGAAGCCAUGGCCCUCUCUACCCCGCUCCCUUCCAAGACCGAGGAGAUCGCACCCACGUGUAUGGCCUUCCCCCAAGCCGACCCCACAUUCUUCCUCGUCGGCUCCGAAGAUGGCACCAUCUAUCCCUGCCACAGGUACGACCGCGCCGGCGCCAAAGCCGGCGUCGACGCCCGCGUCAGCUACAAAGGCCACGCGGCCCCCGUCAUGUCCGUCUCCUUCCACCCUGCUCGCGGGCCGGUCGAUCUCGGCGACCUGGUCCUCUCUGCCAGUCUGGACUGGAGCGUCAAGCUUUGGAAAGUGCGUGCGCCCGCCGCCACGUCUGCCGUCAGUGGCGCUGCAGCGGCCGCUGGGCUGGCCGCGGGUCUCACGGGCACGGGUCUGCUCGAGACCGCUGUCGCGCCGCUGCUGGAGUUUGUGCGCGAAGACGUCGUCUACGACGCCGCUUGGUCGCCGGUCAAGCCGGGCGUGUUUGGCCUGGUCGAUGGUGCCGGUUGGUUGGAGCUGUGGGACAUUACCGCUGAGACGGAGGAGCCGGUGUCGCGCAUCUCGCCUAGCCCGAGGAAGGAUGGGCGCACGAUGCUGAGCAAGAGUUUGAACAAGCUGGCGUGGGAGCCGAGCGAGGGUAAGAGGCUGGCUACGGGCGGUAUUGACGGGGCUGUCACGGUGUUUGAGGUUGGGCCGGAUCUGGGCGGCAAGGAAGGGUUGAAGAAUGAGGAGUGGUCGAGCGUGAAGAAGCUGGUGAAUAAGUUGGAGGCUGUGGGCGUCCCCGAGGGUGGCGCCGCUGCGUGA